CUGGGUUCCCUGCUGGGGCGCGGCGGAUUCGGCAGCGUCUGCUCGGCGACGCGGCUCUCGGACGGCGCCCCGGUGGCCAUCAAACGCGUGCCGCGGGAUCGCAUCCGGCACUGGAGCGAGCUGCCCGACGGCACCAGCGCGCCCCUGGAGAUCGUGCUGCUGGCCAAGGUGUCCUGUGGGUGUGCUGGUGUCAUUCAGCUGCUGGAGUGGCUUGAGCUCCCUGACUGCUUCUUGCUGGUGAUGGAGCGUCCAGAGCGGUGCCAGGAGCUCUCGGGUUUCCUGGUGGAGCGGAGGUUCCUGCCGGAGGAGGAGGCGCGGGGGCUGUUCCGCCAGGUGCUGGAGGCCGUGCAGCACUGCACCAGCUGCGGGGUCCUGCACAGGGACAUCAAGCCCGAGAACAUCCUGCUCGACCUGGCCAGCGGGCAGCUGAAACUGAUUGACUUUGGCUGUGGCGCCUUCCUCCAAGACACAGCCUACACCCAGUUUGCAGGAACCCUCGCCUACAGCCCUCCAGAGUGGACCCAGCACCAAAGCUACCAUGGUGAGGCAGCGACGAUCUGGUCCCUGGGCCUCCUGCUGUACCAGCUGGUCGUGGGGAAGCACCCGUUCAGGAGGGGCCAGGAGAUCAUCUGGGGGCGCAUCUUGUUCCCAGCACGGCUCUCUCAAGAGUGCCAAGAUGUCAUUAAGCGGUGUUUGUCCAUGCAGCCCUCGGACAGGCCAUCAUUAGAAGAGCUUUUCUGCCAUCCUUGGGUGCAGGGUGCUCCUCGGCCCUAGAAGAUGGGAGAGAUCCAUGUGCACAGUUGGAUCCAGGGGCCUGGCAGGUACCAGCUCCACACAUCUCUUGGCACUCAGUGGCAAAGCAAACCAGACUGGUUUUGUCCUGCCUGUAGCUCUGAGCAGGGGUCAGCAGAAGGGAACAAGCAGCUCUUGGGCGGGAGCUGAGCUGGAGAUCUGGUGUGGCAAGCACUGGUGGCCACCAUCCCCCCAGUUUGUUUGUCUGGUUCAUGGAUGGCUGGGGCCCUGGGCAGAGCCCUGACAGCCUGGUC